CAUUCAUAAGCACAUAUUUCUCCGCAUUAUGCGCCUAUAAUUUACAAAAACAGUAUAAGAAUUUGCCUAAUUAAAUAAGUAUUGCAUAGAAUGUAUUUAUUUCUUAAAAAGUGAAUAUUCGCUAUAUUUUUAUGCAUAUUUUUUAAGAUAAAGAAUUGCUUAGUUUGCAAGAUAAUUGAUUGUAUUAGUUAUGCAAUUAAUUAUCUUACAGGCGUGCAAGUAUUAAUUCACUUUAAAGAUUAUUCAUAUAUAAUAUAAUUAAAAAUGCACACAAAAUUUUAAAAUUUGUAUAUUUUCAUAAUAUUUUAAGCAGUUUUGUAACGUUAAAAGAGACUAUAAUUUUUUUUUAAUUGAAAUUUUUCUAACAAAUAAAACUACUUCUAUAAAAGCAUAAUAAAAAGUUGUAAGCGAUAAAAACUUACUAUUUGCGUACUUCCGGUAGUUAAGCGAUAAUUUUUUUUUAAUAUAUAUAUUUAAUUUUUUAUGCAUAUAUCUAUAUAUGCCUUUUCCUUUCCAUUCAUUAUUUAUUAUCUUAUAUCCGCCAAUCAGCAUUAACGUUAUUUUAAACUGCUAUUGCUUUUUUUUAAGUAGCAAAUACACGAUUGGACGAAAUUCAAUUUUUAAAAUCUUUCAGACCGAUUGGCGCUUUAAAAAUCCUCCUACGCUACUAAAAUAUCCAAUAAGCUAUCUUGUUAUGUUUUGAAUGAAUAUAGAAACACGUGAAUUUAAAGAGUGACAAUUUCCAUUUCAUCUUUCGCAUAGUCCAUCACUGUGUUUAACGAACAGAUAUCAAAGACUUGUCAACCAGUAAACUCAGAAAUGCAUUUAGAUCCAGUCACUUCGAAUGACUGUUCGGCAGAAACCACCACUGUUGGACCUUUCAUUGAAUCAGCCGUGAUACCAACACCCGCUGACGAAACUCAAUUUGCUUCGUAUUAUCAAGACGAUUUAACUCUUUUAUCGGAACCUUAUUGCCACGAAGAAGUGUUAAAUACGAUUUUAGAAUCGGAGAAUUUUUUCGAAGAUAAUAAUAGUAAUCCUCAAAAUCAAAUUUUGCCUGAUUUAUUUCCUCAAUCUCAAACGUUAUCUUUCAGUGAUUUGUAUAGUUAUUUACAAGAAGAUCAAGACAACUGGAAUAUUUAUCCCGUUCUUCCACCCGUGUCUACGAAUAAAGAAAUGCCUCCGAGUAGUUCACCCCUGUCUCUAGCAACUUCUCGUUCUUCUUUUACAGGUAGGGGAAAUAAAAGAUCUCAUUCUAUAUCACCUUUAUCUGCAGAACUCAACGCUAUCAUUCGAACGUCACCUACUUCUUUGGUGUUUCUACCAUCUUCCAGAUGCUCUUCUAAUAGUUUAUCACCUUCACCGGGAGAAAAACCUGGCUGCUAUGGACAUUUAAAUGCUAGAAAUAGCGCUAGUCCACAUUCGAAUAACUCUGGAAGACGAAUUAGUUCGAUAUCGCAGUACGAAGAUCAAUAUUUGUUUUUGCCAGAGUCUAAUAAUCUAUGUAUUCUUCAAAAUGGUAAUCUUAACAAAGAUUGCUCUCAAGUUUUUCCUAUACCACCGCCUAUUCAAAAUAGGCCUCCUCCUCCUUCUUACGAUCAGUAUAUGGCUGCUCAUUUUCCUACCAAAAUCGAAUUGAAACCGAAAAUAAAUUCGAACGAAUCGAAAGAAAAUAAAGAAAUUUUGAAUUGUGGUUGGAUCGACUGCGGUGAACAUUUCGAAGAAAGAAAUGAUUUGGUCAGACAUAUCGAAUCGGCCCACGUCGAUCAACGCAAUUUCGUUUGCUAUUGGAAAGGAUGUUUUCGUGAACAGAGACCGUUCAAUGCCAGAUACAAGCUACUAAGCCACAUGAGAGUACACACAGGAGAUAAACCAAAUAAAUGCACAGUAAGUCUAUAUUAUAUAUAAUAAAUUUAUCACUAGGAACAGCCGUCAUUUUCUAAACAUUAUUCUGAUUACUUUGUCAUACAAAGUAACGAAAUUAUGUAAUUUUUAUACUCGUAUUAUAUAAUAACAGAGUGUCGUUUUGCAAACAUUUCUCGGUAUCCUUAUUGACACAUACCAUAUUAUAUCUAAAAGAAAGUAGGAGACAGGUCCAUUACAAUUCUUAAUGAUGUCUGCAGUUAAAUAUAGAUCAUGUCAGGCUGUUUAUCUUAAAAACUUAGUGACGAUGUUUUUCAUUUUCCAACCAAGCGCCUCUUAAUUACAUAAUUAUAAAUAUAAAUAUUAAAACCAGUUUAAUUCUUUAUAUAAAAUUAAUUCAAUAGUAUUAUUCUAAUUAGUUAU